AUGUAUGUCUCUCUCUCUCUAUCUAUCUAUCUAUCGAUCUAUCUAUCGCAGCCUAUUCUAAUUUUCCAACUUUUUUUUAUUUUCUUUCGGCAUUCAUUCAUUGUUUCUUUCAUUCGUCCUUACUCGCAUUCUUUCUUUCUUUCUUUCGUUUUUCUUGUUUUUCUUUCUUUCAUUCUUCUUUUCAUUCUUUCUUUCGUUCCCUCUUCUUUUCAUUCUUUCUUUCAUUCUUUCUUUCUUUCGUUCUUUUCUUCUUUUCAUUCUUUCUUUCUUUCCUUCUUUCUUCUUUUCAUUCUUUCGUUCUUUCUUGUUUUCAUUCUUUUAUUUUUUCCUUCUUGUAUUCAUUCUUUCUUUCUUUCGUUCUUUUCUUCUUUUCAUUCUUUCUUUCCUUCGUUCUUUCUUCUUUUCAUUCUUUCUUUCCUUCGUUCUUUCUUCUUUUCAUUCUUUCUUUCGUUUUUUCUUCUUUUCAUUCUCUCUUUCUUUCGUUCCCUCUCCUUUUCAUUCUUUCUUUCUUUCGUUCCCUCUUUUUUACAUUCUGUCUCUCUUUCGUUCUUUUCUUCUUUUCAUUCUUUCUUUCGUUCCUUCGUUCUUUUUUCUUUUCCUUCUGUCUUUCUUUCUUCUUUUCAUUCUUUCUUUCGUUCUUUCUUUCUUUCCUUCGUUCUUCCUUCUUUCCAUUCUUUCUUUCGUUCUUUCUUCUUUUCAUUCUUUCUUUCUUUCUUUUGUUCUUUCUUGUAUUCUUUGUUUCUUUCGUUCCCUCUUCUUUUCAUUCAUUCCUUCUUUCGUUCUUCUUCUUUUCCUUCUUUCUUUCUUUCGUUCUUUCUUCUUUUAAUUCUCUUUUUCUUUCGUUCCCUCUUCUUUUCAUUCUUUCUUUAUUUCGUUCUUUUCUUCUUUUCAUUCUUUCGUUCUUGUCUUCUUUUCAUUCUUUCUUUCUUUCGUUAUUUCUUGUUUUCAUUCUUUCUUUCGUUAUUUCUUGUUUUCAUUCUUUCUUUCGUUCUUUCUUGUAUUCAUUUUUUCUUUCUUUCGUUCCCUCUUCUUUUCAUUCUUUCUUUCAUUCUUUCUUUCUUUUGUUCUUUUGUUCUUUUCAUUCUUUCAUCCUUCUUUCGUUAUUUCUUUCUUUCUUUCUUUCGUUCUUUUCUUCUUUUCAUUCUUUCUUUCUUUUGCUCUUUCUUCUUUUCAUUCUUUCUUUCAUUUUUCUUCUUUUCAUUCUUUCUUUCCUUCGUUCUUUCUUGUUUUUCAUUUUUUCUUUGUUCUUUCUUUUCUUUCGUUUUUUUCUUCUUUUCAUUCUUUCUUUCUUUUGCUCUUUCUUCUUUUCAUUCUUUCUUUCAUUUUUUCUUCUUUUCAUUCUUUCUUUCCUUCGUUCUUUCUUGUUUUCAUUCUUUCUUUCUUUUGUUCUUUCUUUCUUUCUUUCGUUUUUUCUUCUUUUCAUUUCUUUCUUUCUUUUCUUUUCUUCUUUUCAUUCUUUCUUUCUUUCGUUCUUCCUUUCUUUUCAUUCUGUCUCUUUUCGUUCUUUUCUUCUUUUCAUUCUUUCUUUGUUUCUUCUUUACAUUCUUUCUUUCGUUCUUUCUUUGUUUCUUUCGUUUUUUCUUCUUUUCAUUCUUUCUUUCCUUCGUUCUUCCUUCUUUUCAUUCUUUCUUUCGUUCUUUCUACUUUUCAUUCUUUCUUUCUUUCGUUCUUUCUUCUUUUCAUUCUUUCUUUCUUUCGUUCUUUCUUGUUUUCAUUCUUUCUUUCGUUCGUUCUUUCUUCUUUUCAUUCUUUCUUUCUUUCGUUCUUUCUUCUUUUAAUUCUCUUUUUCUUUCUUUCCUCUUUUUCUUUCUUUCUUUCUUUUCUUUCUUUCCCUCUUUUUUUCAUUCUUUCUUUCUUUCUUUCUUUCUUCUUUUAAUUCUCUUUUUCUUUCGUUCCCUCUUCUUUUCAUUCUUUCUUUCUUUCGUUAUUUCUUUCUUUCUUUCGUUCUUUCUUGUAUUCAUUCUUUCUUUCGUUCUUCUUUUCAUUCUUUCUUUAUUUCGUUCUUUUCUUCUUUUCAUUCUUUCUUUCUUUCGUUAUUUCUUGUUUUCAUUCUUUCUUUCUUUCGUUCUUUCGUCUUUUCAUUCUUUCUUUCGUUCUUUCUUGUAUUCAUUUUUUCUUUCUUUCGUUCCCUCUUCUUUUCAUUCUUUCUUUCUUUCGUGUUUUUCUUCUUUUCAUUCUUUCUUUCUUUCGUUCUUUCUUUCUUUCUUUCUUUCUUUUUUGUAUACAUAUUUGCUGAGUCUUUAUUUAAUCGUCGCUUCGAAAACAUUGUCUUUUUCCCUUCCUUUGCCAUCUCUUUUAUUCUUUCAAUUCUUUGGUCUCUCUUGA